AUGGCGGAGGCAGAAAAGACAAUCGCCACCCUGAGGGCUGUGUACAAGUGGUUUGCUCAGCACCGCACAGCUGGCGUGACAAUUCGCGGCCCAGAAAUACAAAAUGCUACAAGCAGGUUUGCAGCAAGCCUUGGAAUAAGGGAUUUUGAAGCCAGUGAAGGGUGGGUCGCAAGGUUCAAAGUUAGACACAAUAUUGUGAAGAGGAAAAUUGACGGUGAAAAAUUGAGUGCAAAUGAAAGCAGUGAAGAACCAUUUAAACAGAAAUUAAGAGCAUACAUUUUGUCAAAUAAUUUAUAUUCUUAUAAAAUUUAUAAUGCUGAUGAAACUGGGCUGUAUUGGAGGAGUUUACCAGAAAAAACUCUAGCAAUGAGGAGUGAGGGUUGUGUGCCAGGACGUAAGGUCAACAAGGACAGGCUGUCGGCCAUGAUGUGUGCGAAUGGCAACGGCACAGAGAGAAUCACGUGUGCCACUGUUGGCAAAUCUAAGAAACCAAGAGCCUUGCAACACUGCUUGGACAGACUGCCAAUGAAAUAUUAUAACUCACAAAAUGCAAAGUUUACACAGGAGAUCUUUCUUUCCUGGUUUCAUGACAUGUUCAUGACUGCAGGGAAGUUCGUGCCUAUCAAGUUAAGAAACUCAAAGUAUGGCCAAGCGAAGUUCAGGCUUUGCUGCUGCUUGAUAAUGCGCCUGCCCACCCCAAAAUUGACACGUUAA